AUGCAUCGGCGAGGCGGGAAACGAAUCCGAAUGGAUGAUCCUCCUCCGGAGUAUGUGAAUCCGAUGACUCCGGCGACGCCAAUGACCGAUUAUGGUGGCCAAUCAGUUCAUGAACCGGAAACACCAAAUCCGAAUUACUCUGGUUUCAAUGUUGGGGCAGUGGCAAAUUCGACGGCUGCCGAACCUCCGAGAGAAGAAGCAGAAGAACCGCAUGAAGAAGAAGGAAGGUCACCAUCACCGGCGCCAACGAAGCGUAUAACUAGAAGUCGGGGUCGAGGCGGUGAUGGAGGCUAUGUAGGUCGGUUGGCAGAAUCGCCACCACCGCCACCACUGCGCAGGCGCGGACGAGGUGGCCGUGGGCGUGGUCGUGGGCGAGGCGCAGCUCCUCCACCAGCAUCAUCUCCACCGCCUGUUCUUAUGCCGGGUGAUGACGAGAACAGUCUCUACAAUAUUCUAAGGUUUAAUAAAACCGCUAUAAAUCAAGUUGUAGAUAUGUGGAUAGAAGAAUACAAAACAAACAGGGAAAGUGCUUUAGUUCAGCUGAUGCAAUUUUUCAUUAACUCUUCUGGCUGUAGGGGUAAAGUUACUCCAGAUAUGGCAUCAAUGGACCACACACUUAUAAUAAAGAAAAUGACCCAAGAGUUUGAUGAGACUUUGGUGAAGAUGUGUCAGUACUCCAUCAUCUAUGAUCAAUAUCUCAUGGAUAACAUUAUAUCCCUACUUACUGGAUUGUCAGAUUCCCAAGUGAGAGCAUUCAGACACACUGCAACUUUAGCAGUGAUGAAGCUGAUGACGGCGCUGGUGGACGUGGCACUGCUGACGAGCGUGAACUGCGACAACUGCCUGCGCCAGUACGAGGCGGAGCGGCUGAAGGCGCGUGACAAGCGGGCCAGCGAGCGCCUCGAGGUGCUCGUGGCCAAGCGCCAGGAGCUCGAGGAGAACAUGGAGGAGAUCAAGAACAUGCUCUCCUACAUGUUCAAGUCCGUCUUCGUGCACAGAUAUAGGGAUACAUUGCCGGAUAUAAGAGCAAUUACAAUGGCCGAAAUUGGUAUCUGGAUGGAGAAAUUUCCAGCGCAUUUUCUUGACGAUCUGUAUCUCAAAUAUAUUGGCUGGACACUGCACGACAAAGUGGGCGAAGUGCGACUCCGUUGCCUGCAAGCCUUGCAGCCUCUGUACGAGUGCGAGGAGCUGAAGGGCAAGCUGGAGUUGUUUACUUCCAAGUUCAAAGACCGCAUCGUGUCCAUGUCGCUCGACAAGGAGACGGAAGUGGCCGUCCAUGCUGUCAAACUUGUCAUAGCCAUUCUGAAGAUGCACCCGGACGUGUUGACGGACAAGGACUGCGAGAACGUGUACGAGCUGGUGUACUCGUCGUGGCGCGCCGUGGCGGCGGCGGCGGGCGAGUUCCUCAACGUGCGGCUGUUCCGCGCCGACGAGGCGCAGGCGGCGCCGGCGCGCUCGGGCCGCGGCAAGCAGCGCCUGCCCAACACGCCGCUGCUGCGCGACCUGGUGCAGUUCUUCAUCGAGUCGGAGCUGCACGAGCACGGCGCCUACCUCGUCGACUCGCUCAUCGACUCCAACCCCAUGAUGAAGGACUGGGAGUGCAUGACCGACCUGCUGCUCGAGGAGCCCGGCCCCGACGAGGAGGCGCUCGACAACCGCCAGGAGUCGUCGCUCAUCGAGCUCAUGGUGUGCUGCGUGCGCCAGGCCAGCACGGGCGAGCCGCCCGUCGGCCGCGGCCCGGCGCGCAAGCACCACCAGAUGCUCUCCAAGGAGCAGGCCAAGAUGGUGAGCGACGACCGCGCCAAGAUGACGGCGCACUUCAUGGUCACGCUGCCGGCGCUGCUGGAGAAGUUCGGCGCGGACCCCGAGAAGCUGGCCAACCUGGUGGCCAUCCCGCAGUACUUCGAGCUGGAGCUGUACACGACGCAGCGGCAGGAGGCGAACCUGGCGCUGCUGCUGAACAAGAUCCGCGACAUCGUGAGCGCGCAGACCGAGGCCGAGGUGCUGGAGACGUGCGGCCGCACGCUGGAGUACCUCUGCGGCGAGCAGUGCGCCGUCUACUCGCGCUGCAACGUGGCGCGCGCCACCGUCACCGACAUGUGCGUCAACAAGUACAAGGAGGCCAUCGACGACUUCCGCAACCUGAUCGAGGGGGGCGAGGCGCCGGACGCCGACGAGAUCUUCAACGUGACCAACUCGCUGCGCAAGGUGUCCAUCAUGUACAUGUGCCACAACCUGAACGACACGAACAUCUGGGAGUCGCUGUUCGAGGACCUGCCCAAGUGCGUGGAGGAGAGCGAGACGAUGCCGGAGCAGGCGCUGGUGUACGUGGUGCGCGCGUGCUUCUACUCGCUGCUGUGGUCGCUGCACGAGCUGGAGGAGCGCGGCGCGGGCGGCGCGCGGCUGGCCGAGCGGCUGGCCGCCUACUGCGCGCUGUGCCGCGCCACGGUGGCGCGCGGCCUCACGCUGGAGCUGCGCGAGGAGGCCUACACCAGCCUGUGCGACCUGCUCAUCUUCUUCGCCGAGCAGCUGCACUCGCGCCACCACGCCGGCGACGCCGCCUUCCGCCGCCUCGUGCUCGAGCCCGACGCCGCGCUCUGCGACCUGCUCAACGACUUCAUCCAGGAGUUCGUCUUCGUGCAGCCCAACUACGAUGGUCAAGACGAGAGACGUAUCGAGGAGUUGCACAAGCGGCGCAACUUUCUGGCCGCGUACUGCAAACUCAUUGUGUACAACGUGACGCCCAUCAGACGUGCAGCCGACGUUUUCAAGCAUUACAUUAAGUGCUACAACGACUACGGCGACAUAAUCAAGGCGACGGUGACAAAGGCGCGGGAGAUCAACAAGCUGAACUGCGCGCUCACGAUGCAGCUGGCGAUGCAGGCGCUCUUCACCGAGAUGCUCGAGAUCCACGAGACGCCGCACCGCACGCUGCCCGAGUUCGUCGAGCUGAAGGAGCUGGCCAAGCGGUUCUCGGUGAUGUUCGGGCUGGACGCGGUGAAGAACCGCGAGGCGCUGACGGCGCUGCACCGCGCCGGCAUCGCGUUCGCGGCGCUGGAGUCGGCCGCGGGCGCCACCGCGCCGCCGCCCAACCUGCUCUUCCUCGAGCCGCUGGCCGAGUUCUCCAACAAGCUGCUGCGCCAGGACAAGCGCCACGUGCUCAAGUUCCUGGAGUCGCGGCUGCAGCCGGCCGUGGCGUGGCGCGAGGAGGCGGCCGCGCUGCACACCUACCGCAGCUCGCUGCUGGCCGACGCGCCCGACGAGCGCCCGCCGCCCGCGCGCCGCCACUACGCCCGCCGCGCACGUACGUACCCACGCGCUCACCCGCCCACUCACCCGCCCACUCACCCGCUCACCCGCCCACUCACCCGCCCACUCACCCGCUCACCCGUUCACCCACACCCGUCGCCUGUUGCAGGCGGCCACGACGAGGAGGCGGAGGGCGAGGAGAACGCCGACUCGGACCAGGAGCAGCCCGGCUUCUGCAAACCCGUCCAUCGCGACCAUACAGAUUUCGACGAUGGAUGGUUUUUGCAGAUA